AUCAUCAUCACAAUCCAUCACGUCCCCACUGCUGGGGCACGGGUUUCUUUCCAAUGGAGGAAAGGGAAUAGCCUUCAGGCCUAGUCCACCACGCUGGCCUAGUGCGGGUUGGUGGACCCCAACACAAGCAAUCCUGUGCUAAGAGAGUUGCUUAACCCGACAAGCUGAUGUGUUCAAGCUGUCCGAAGAUCUCUGACUUUACUCUUGGCUUCACUACUGCUGCCGAAACAUCAAAGGGCAGCUCAUAGAAAAACGCGGACUCGGGUGUACCCACGGCUUAACGUGCCAUCCGAAGCAGCCUUCUUGCAUUAUAAUAGUCAUUCUUGUUAUUUUCAGUAAAAAAAUGGCGGAACCCCAUUUCAAAAUGGAGUCUCUGAAUCCAAAAAUCGAAAGCAAUGUACCCGGCAAGCAGGAGUUACGAGAGGAGUUGCAAGACAACUUCGUCCCAGUCAUGAAGGACAACCCUGUGCUGGUGGUGAACCCUGUAUACUCGUCGGUCUUCAGCGAGGCCCCCGUGUCGCAGCCGCUGCGGAGCCCUCAUCAUCAUCAUCAUCAUCAUCAGAACGGAGAAGAGAAUCAAAACGGCAAUGACUCGAAAAAGUCGAAAUCCAAAAUCCCAACUCUAAAACAAACCAUCGAGAAAAUUAAGGAGCAAAGGAGGAAAGCAAAAGAGCAGCCUAAUAUAGAAGUCGAUCGGGUAUUACAACCUCAGAGACCGAGACGUUCGUCUAUACCUCGACUGAAAAAGAUAGUCAGUAAACAAAACAUAGAUAGGAAAGAAUCCAAUAAAGAUCAGAAUGUUGAAAACUCUGAAGUUGAAGCUAAACCGAAAACCGAAGAAGAAUUUGACAAACUAUUCGAAGAAAUAGUCAAGAACGAUGAAAACCUUGAAAUAGAUGAUUCUAUCCUUCCAGACACGCCGAUGGAUGAUGAAAAAUUACUGAAUAGUUUUGAAGAAAUAAUACACGCUUAUGAUGAUAAUAAAAUGCAACCAAUCGUUUUUGAACAUAAACAAGAAGCCAAUAAACCUAGGUCUAAAAUACCUUUAAGUAGAAAAAUAAGUCAUGAUGCACCUAAAAAGCCACCUCGCAGAAGUGAUAGAAGGAAUUCUCUGAAAGUUAGUUCAAAUGCAGAUAUAGACAAUGCUAAGAUUGCUUACAAUAAGAUAAAAUCUGAAGAACAAGACGCACCUAAAAUUGAAGAACCACAAAUAGAUAUAUCAAAUGGCUUUGUGAUAAAUUCUAGUGGAAGCAAUGAAGUAAGUUCAAUUAAAGAAGAAUACAAAACUUCACCAAUUGAGCUACAAGAAAAUUUAAAUCCAAUUAUUAAGAAAGAAAUAAUAAGUCUUAAAGUCGAAGAAACUGAAAUUGCACAUGAGGUUCAAACGGAAACUAUACCAGAAUAUCAAUCAAGUAUCAUAGAGCAAAGUGUCGAUACUUUAUACCGCGAUGAAAUUAAAACAAUUAAAGAGAAACAAGAGGAAUUGAUCAUAUCCACAGAACCACAAGUAAAAGAAAUUCCGAAGGAGGAAAACCAAACAAAAGAUAUUGCUAUAAAUAGAAAAGAUUCAACUGAAGAGGACCUACCCAUAUUGAAAGGUAAAGUUAGCAGAAUAAUAAACAGAUUACAUUCUCGAGAAGAUAUUUAUGAUGCCAAGAGAGAUUCAGUCAACAAUUUACCUAAUAAACGCUCUCUUUCGUCGAGGAUCGCAAUAUUUGAACAACAUGAAACACCAUCAAAAUUAAAUACUGAAAUAAAGCCUGAAAAGGUACCUGACAUUCAAAUAUGUCGAAAACCAAAAAUUAUCGAAGAAGUCUUAAAAACAUCUCCACCGACUGAAGAUCAGAUAAAAACACAAAAUGGUAGAGCUACUUACAAGAAAACUACUAUGGAUGUAACCAAGACAUCCACUAUUGUCGAUGUAGAUAAAAACUCAAUUUUUCAAUCACUGAUAUCAACCUAUGUCACAGAAGACGCUGAAAAAUUAAAAACGGUUGAUUCCAAUAUUGCAAUAACAGAAACAGCAUCAAGAGAAUAUACUACAGUCAAUAACAAAACAAAACAAGAAAUUGAUAAUAAAAUCACCGAUACACCAAAAGACGAUAAAGAAAAUCCGGUACAACAUGAAAACGAUUAUUUAAAAUACGAAAAUAUUAUUGAAAAUCGAAUGAAAAGAUUGAAAUCAAUAACAGAUAUUGAUAAUAUAGGAAUUACACGAAGCAAAUCAAUAGUAGAUAUUGAAUUAGGGAAAAGUAUAAAAGGCAAAGUGCAUCAUAUCAUUGAGUCAAUGAAUGUAGAAAAAGUUAGUUUACAUAAGGAAGUUAUAAACUCCAAGGAGAGACCGCGAAAGAAAUCUGUUAUGGAGAAAAUUGCUUUGUUUGAGAGAAAACUCGUGCCAGUUGAGAUGGUAGAAAUUCAAAAACUGCCCGCAAACUCGCCGCCAGUUAACGGCAACUCAAUACCAGAUGGCGCUGUUAAUAAAAAGCUAGCCGCGAACACGCCGUUGUUUAACGGAAACGCAACAGAUGGCGCUGUUGAGGAAAAUUAUAAUCUGGACGUGGAAAAUGAAUACAGAAGCAAGACGGAAGAACUAAUAGCUGCUAGAAGUAAAUACGGUUCAGUAAAUGAAAUGCCGUAUAUUGAGCUGAAAAAUGGACAGAAAAUGCCAGUGCUGGCGGUCGGGACUGCCUUGUUGGAGCCGAAGUUGAUAAAGCACAUAAUAAGAGCGGCGAUAGAUCUCGGUUACCGAGCCAUAGAUGUCGCCUUCAUCUACGGCACAGAGCGGCCCGUGGGAGAAGCUAUACGGGAGAAGAUACUAGAUGGCACUGUUAGACGUGAGGAUCUCUUCAUCAUGUCAAAGCUCUGGAGCACGUUCCACCACCCCGAGCUGGUGGAAAAGGCCUGCAGGGCGUCCCUGGAGACGAUGGGUUUGGAUUACUUCGACCUCUACAUGAUACACAACCCCAUGUCUUUUAAGGAAGGGGGCGACCCAAUACCGACGAUUGCAAACGUACUGCAAUACUCAGAUUACGAGUACUUGGACGCCUGGUUCGCCAUGGAGAAGCUAGUUCACAAAGGGCUGGUUAAGGGCAUUGGUCUUUCCAACUUCAAUUCUUCCCAAGUAUCCAGAGUUAAUGAGAAAGGCAGCAUUAAGCCACUUGUAAAUCAGGUGGAAUGCCAUCCAUACCUCAAUCAAGAACGUCUGAUAACAUUUUGCAAGACUUACGACGUAGCCAUCAGCUGUUUCGGCACCCUCGGGUCUCCGGGGACUCCAGCUGAUUACAAGAGCCCCGGAGUGAAACCCGUGAUCGGUGACCCCAUCAUCGCCACCAUGGCUGCUGGGAUGCAUAUCACCCCGGCCCAGAUGUUAAUAAGAUAUCAACUGGAAAGAGGGCAUAACGUGGUAGUUAAAGCCUCGUCCGCUGCACAUUUGUGGGAGAACAUCCAGUCUCUGCACUGCAGACUGACACAGAACGAGGUGGAAGCCUUACAUCUUUUGAACAAAAAUAAACGUAACUUUUCGUUCAUUGGUAUGGGUGAUACUCACAAGAAUUAUCCCUUCAAGGACUCAUUCUAAAGAGUAGAACUAAGUACCUAGUAGUUUUUAUUAACAUUUUACAUAGAAAUAAA